AUGCAGCCAGAAACAAACAAAAUGGGUGUUCCUGCAGGAAAUGCUGAAAACGGAAAAAAGAUCUUUGUGCAAAGAUGUGCUCAGUGCCACACUGUUGAGGCUGGUGGUAAACACAAAGUGGGACCGAAUCUUCAUGGUUUCUUUGGACGCAAAACUGGCCAAGCUCCUGGCUUCUCUUACUCAGAAGCCAAUAAAGCUAAAGGUAUCACUUGGGGUGAAGACACACUCUUUGUAUAUUUGGAGAACCCUAAAAAGUAUAUCCCUGGCACCAAAAUGGUGUUUGCUGGUUUGAAGAAAGCAAAUGAGCGUGCAGAUCUUAUUGCUUACCUUAAGGAGGCAACUAAG